GGAGCGGGACGCGGGCAGGCGGCGGAAGGCGCAGCCGGCGCUCCGCUCCGCCGAGUCACCUUGGGCGGGCCGCAGCCAUGGUGUUCCUGCCCGACGAGUCGCGGUCGCUGCCGCCGCCGCCGCUGUUCAACAGAGGCUCGGUCUGGCUGGGCUUCGUGGGGUGGAUGACGGCGCUGCUGGACAACACCUUCAACCAGCGCCCCGUCCUCCGAGCCGGUGUUCACCGCCAGAUCCUGUUCACCACCGUGGGGUGGUUUGUUGGCUACUACCUGACGAAACGUUCAGAUUACAUCUAUGCCAAAAGGGACAGAGAGAUGUUGGAGUAUGUCAGGCAUCACCCAGAAGACUUUAAGGUGGCAGAAAAGAAAAGAAUAGGAGAGCUUUUGGAGGAUUUCUACCCAAUCCGCUGAGGAUUUCUCCAGCGGCGACACAUCACAGGAUGAAUUAAUGCCACACCAGGAACGUCGGCAAUGUGGCUGCAACUGUUGAACCGUCCAUGGCUUGGAAAGUGAAGCUUUACUCGCUUUCAUGUAAUAAAAGCUUGAUUAAAUACUUUGUGUUUAA